AUGCUUUUACUUGCUAACCCUGGAUCGCUGCAUUGUACAUGGUACCACGUCGUCGGAGGUCCGACACAGAAUCGGGGCUACGAUCGCAAGAUUGAAGCUGGGAAGAGAAUCGACAGUUUCGGUAUAUCGAAGAAGCAAUACAUCGGCCAAAUUUCCGCACGCGAUAUCAACAAGGUCAAAUCAGCGGUAGUAGCAGUCCCUGUUCAGGAGUGUCAACGCUGGACGGUAGAAGUGCUUGCCGGGCUUGAGCGCAAAUCCUUGAUUCCUCUUGGCACCAGCAAUGAUUAUUAUAAUCAGAUGGAGGAGCCUUCUCCUAUUAGAGAAAUCAAGGAUGACUGGCUCUUGCUCUCCGGAACCUUUGAAAAGGAACUGAUCAUUGAGUAA